AUGAGGAUGUUCGCCUGCUGGAUUUCCAGGUGGGAAGAAGCAGCCCAGGAGGAGCACAGCCUGGGCCCCCCAGCACAGGGAGGGGGCCUCCCUCCCCGACGCCCGCCCCAAGGAGGCGCCAAGUCUAACUGGAUUGCCAUGGCCCGUGACGAUGCCGUGCUCGGCAGUGGUGUCGGUUCUGAAAUAGAAACUAGUCAGGGACCCACCUGCUUGGCUUCCAAGGCUGGGAAUCGCUAG